AUGGUGUCAUCUGCAAAAGAUUUACCUUAUGGUGCUGAAUAUGCUAAAAGUAAUCGUGCUGCUUGUAAGGGUUGUCAUGGUUUAAUUUCGCAGGACUCACUUCGCAUGUCUCUCCGGAAACCGAGUCGUUUUUUUGAUGGUUUACAAGACAACUGGUUUCACUUCACUUGUUUUUGGAAAAAAAUAAAGCAAAAGGACAUAAACGAAGCCUCUAUCCGUGGUCUGGAGCUUCUAAAAUGGAAUGAUCAGGAACGAAUUCGUAAAAAAAUAAGCGAAAAUCAAGCUGGAGUAUCUGAUGUAGAGCUCUCUAUUAUCUGUGAAUAUGCUAUAACUGGUCGCAGCAAGUGCGUGAAUUGCAAAGGAAAUAUUGAAAAGAAUACUCUCAGACUUGGGAUGAAAUCAGCAUGGUAUCACGUAAACUGUUUUGUGAAAAUACAACAAAAUACCAACUGCGCUGAAAAAUUUUUUGGUUUCCAAGAUUUGUCAGAAUCUGAUCAAGAUCUCCUGAAAAAAAUGUUUAAUAGACAAGCAGAGACCACUAUAAAAAGAAAGUCGACGGAAAUCGAUAACAUUACCAAAAAAGCAAGGGUGGAUCAACUUGAUACAAAGGAGAAGAUGAAACGUCUUAAGGCACAAACAAACGAAAUAUGGGCAAUAAAAAAAAAAUUAUCAAAUUGUCUGAAUAAAAACGAUAUUCAGACUUUGCUGCAAGCCAAUAACCAAGCACUUCCCAGACAUGGUGGAGAGUCGAAGCUGCUGGAUCGUCUUGCUGAUUGCAUAGUUUUUGGCUGUCCGCUUCCUUGUGCGCAGUGUAAAGAAGGUAACAUUGUGUACAGCUCAUCAGAACAAAGCUAUGUUUGUACUGGUUAUAUUUCCGAAUAUACACGGUGUAUGUAUGCAUGUCGCAAUCCGCCUCGGAAGCCAUUUAUCAUUCCUGAUGAAAUCAAAAGAAACAUUUCUGAAUUUAAGGAUUUCAAAAUCAAGGAUCCAAAGAACAGAGAAUACAGCACUUUGGAAUAUGAAAAGCUAAUUAAACCGGAGUCGCUGAAGGUCUUGGGUCAGGAUGUUGGUGAAAUGAGUAGCAAAUCUAUGAAGCACCAGAGCGCUGAUCCGAGAGAUACUCGUUUUGGAAUUCAGCGACAGAUUAUAAAAAAUGGAACAGUGGUCGAUUUUGAGUGUCCACUUCAUGAGGUUGUUCAUGUAUGGAAAGAUGAAAAUGGCAAACUUUGGGAAACAACACUUGGAAAGGCUGAUUUUCAAACCGGAGCGAAUUCAUUCUAUAAAUUGCAACUAUUAAAACACGACGUCAAGCAAAACUAUUAUUUGUUCCGUUCAUGGGGACGUGUGGGCACGGAUAUUGGUGGCUCAAAAACUGAUAAGUAUUACGGAAAUUUGGGAGGAGCAAAAAUAACUUUUGAAAAGUUGUUUAGUGAGAAAACAGCAAAUGAUUGGGGAGAUAUUGAAAAUUUCAAGAAAGUUCCUGGGAAGAUGUCGCUUAUUGAGACUCAUUACGGAAAUUCAAAAGAACUACAAGCAUUCUUCGUGAAACCCGGAUCGUUAUCAAAGCUGCCAGAAUCGAUACAGCAAAUUAUUCAGAUGAUUUUUGACGUUAAUGUAAUGAACGAUGUUCUUGAAAGCCUUGAGAUCGAUACAAAUAAAAUGCCUCUUGGGGUAUUAUCAAUUCGUCACAUAAAAAAUGCAUAUAAGGUUUUAACGGAACUGCAAAAAUUAAUGGAAGUUGGUAAUGCCAGAUAUGAAGAUUACUUGGAUGCAACAAAUCGAUUUUUCACACUUAUUCCACAUAAUUUUGGUAUGAACAAACCACCGCUUCUUAACUCGCAGAAACUCUUAAUUGAUAAAACGAAACUACUUGAUGAUCUUUUGGAACUUGAAGUUACAUACAGCAUUUUGAAAACUGACGAUGAAGUGGAUAGAAUGCGUGAUCCUUUGGACGUACACUAUGAAAAAUUGCAUGCUCAGCUAGAGGUUUUGGAUAAGCAAUCAGAUGAAUAUAAGCGCAUAUUGCAGUAUGCUACGAAUACGCACGCGCCCACACAUGACCAAUACAAACUUAAAAUUAUUGAUAUCAUCCGAAUAAAGCGUAGGGGCGAAAGUGAAAGGUUCAAAAAAAACAUCCCAAAUCAUUAUUUGCUUUGGCAUGGUUCACGGAUAACGAAUUAUGCUGGUAUUUUAUCACAGGGAUUACGAGUUGCACCACCAGAAGCACCUACAACAGGUUAUAUGUUUGGGAAAGGGAUAUACUUCGCAGAUUUAGUAUCAAAGUCAGCAAACUAUUGUUAUGCACUUAACGCAGAAGGGUUUAUUUUGCUUUGUGAAGUGGCACUUGGAGAAAUGCAAGAAGAGAUCAAUGCAAAGUCAAUCAUAAAACCUGAUAAAGGAAAGCAUAGUGUUAAAGGUUUAGGACAAACGAUUCCUGAUCCAAAUGAGUACUUUGUGACAGAAGAUGGUGUUACAAUUCCUAUGGGAAAACCUAUAGAUACGAAAAGACAGGAUCUGACGCUUUUGUACAAUGAGUAUAUUGUUUACGACGUUGCUCAGGUUGAGAUCAAAUAUUUGGUGCGAGUUAAGUUCAUAUCAUCUCUCUUAUGA